AUGGUCGUCGGCUAUACAGUCAUAGUCAUCAGCGUUUACCGUAAUCGUAGAAUUCAUGGCGCUAUCCAGCAAAGACAAUCUCUUCUUGAUGCUCGACUUGCAUUCCAAUUUAUCGUUAUAUGCCUCUCUCAAUACCUCGCUGCAUUGCUCUUCUACAUUGUUCCGAAGAUGAGCGCAGGUGCUGACUGGGGAGUUCUGGUCACAAACAGUAUUGUUAUGGAACAACAGACAUCUCAAAAGUCGCUGCCGUCAGUGUCAACGCUUCUGUUUCGCGACAUUUUGUGGUCCGGUAACGGUCGCAGCGGUUGUGAUGCUGAGCUGCAGUUAGGAAAGCUUUCUGGUUUCACUCCCGAAAAAGUGGAGCUCAUUGUGCUCCACAUUCAUAUACACAAGUACAAUAAACGUGUCAGUGAAUCCGAUCGUGCUACUUUUGUGGAAUUAGCAAUUGCAAUCAGCAUCGCCAUAAUAUUGGGAAGAUGGGUAGGCUCUCAGAACAUCUUCAACGUCACAGUGACUCAAAUGACCAAGUUCAAUAAACGUGUCAGUGAAUCCGAUCGUGCUACUUCUGUUGAAUCAGCAAAUCCGUUGUAG